AUCACCAGGCGGGUGCUGGCUUCGGUUCGCCGCCGGCCGGGUCUCGGUCCCUCACGGAAACCUCCGCAGGGUACAGCGUUCCGGGGCUACAGCGUGCUGCGUCAGACGGGCAGACCUCCCGGGUAGAGCUGGGCAGGCGGGCCCCAGGGCGGUGUGUUUGAGCAGGGGCAGAGUCGCCCCGCUGUAAACUUUUCCCUCAGCGGCCGUUCUCGCUCCCGACCGCUGAGCCGGGCCUGGCCGGGACGCGAGGGCUUCCCGCGGGCAGCCGGGGCUGGGGCCGCACCGACCUCCUCUGCGGCGCGAUGGACUCCGGCAGCGAAACCCACGAGCUGAACGGGCUGGCGGAGGGCGCGGAGACGGGGCUCGGCGAGCGGCACAGAACAGCACAGUGGUUUCAAAGAAAUGGACCUAUGAAUAUCAACCACUACGCAAAUAAGAAAAGUGCUGCAGAGAGCAUGUUGGACAUUGCCUUGCUGAUGGCCAAUGCAUCCCAGCUGAAAGCUGUGAUAGAGCAAGGACCUUCUUUUUCCUUCUACAUCCCACUUAUUAUUCUUAUCAGCCUGUCACUCACACUGCAAGUUAUGGUGGGAGUACUCCUGAUAUUCCUUGUAAAAUAUGACCUUAACAACCCUGCAAAACAUGGAAAGCUGAAUUUCCUCAACAACCUUGCAACUGGACUAAUAUUCAUUAUAGUAGUUGUGAAUAUUUUUAUCACUGCCUUUGGAGUGCAGAAGCCAGUUGCUGAGUCAGCUUCAAAACAGUAAGUAAAAGAGACCUGAAGCAUUCAUUGUAGAUGCCAUUUGCACUUGGACACGAUGGGGAGGGGGUGAAAUACUCUGAAGAAGCUGGACACACCAAGCAGCUUUCUCUAGUCUCCAACAAGCAGCAUAUUUGUGUACCUGGAAUUUUCCUAUGUGUUAAUAUUUAAACUGUUCAGCAUCUAAGGAAAGGUUGAUUUUGACUCAA